AUGGUAAAAGUUGAAGACCUCGCUUUGUUGGAGAGAAAAAUAGAUGACUUAAAACUUAUAAUGGAUCAAAAUCAAACAGGUAAAACUGAUUAAAAACUUUACAGGAUUUUUGGAUUAUCAACAAUUUUAAGAUACAGUGUGGCAGAGUGUUAUAAGCACUAGGUUAGUAGGGAGGAACAAAAGAGACAACAGCAUUUUUACUCUAUUCUUUAGUAGCAAUAGUUUAACAAGGUAACUUCCAGUUUUCGCAAAAAUGCUUUGUACAUGUCUCGAAAAUCCUUUCUCCUUCACAAGUGUGAAUUUAUUCUAUAAUCAGAGUACCACCUUAUAAGAUGGCACUCUGAUUAUAUUUCAAAACAAUUUAUGCCAGAAGUAAACCGCACCCACUAUGUUUACCGGAAUCGUGAUUCUUGUGGGAUGAGGUCAAGAUUACAGCUUCACGGAAAAAGCAAGAAGCUCGUGAUUGAAGUUGUAUCCAUAAAACUUGAUUAGCUAGAUUUUUUAUGCUACUGUAAUAUGUAUCCUUCUCUUAUAAUCAUUAUUUUUAUUUCCUCUUGAAACUACCGACAUGAUCUCUUUCAUGAUUGUAUCACUUUGCUUUUUUUAAGAUUCAAAGCCAUUCCUUCCACCAUCAAAUCUUCCUUCAAAGGUUCCACACUUCACUGGCCGCCUGAGAGAGUGUGAAGACAUCAGUAAUCACUUAACUUCCAAAAGUUCCCGGAUCGUGUCGAUAUGGGGCUCGCCUGGUUUUGGUAAAACUUCUGUGGCGACUGAAGUCGGACAUCAACUCCGAACUGGAGGACUUCCCGUAUACUUCUUCUCCAUGCGAGGACUUCUUUCAAAAGCCGAUCUCACUUCGCAGCUUCUGAACUUCUUUAGAAGACACUCCACAAAGGAUCAAAUGCCUCAGCGAAUGUCCAUAGAAGACGAACUUUCCCUCUUUCUAAGCGAAAUUUCAGGUGAAUUUGUGAUGAUUCUUGACAAUGCCGAUGACUUACUCGAAAGUGGAGCACCAAAUGUAAAGGAGGAUUUCAUAAACCUUCUGGAAGUCAUUCUGAGUCAAUUCAGAAAUUUAACAUUUCUUCUCACCACAAGGGAAUCUCUUGAAUAUAUAAAUGUGCAUUUUGAAGGCCAUCAAGCAAUGAGAAUUGGGCCAUUACACGAGUCCUUCUCUCAAACGUUAGUCGGCCGAUUAAUCCCAAAAGCCGAACCGCGUCUGACUGCUCGAAAAUUGCGAAAAUCUGUGGGUUCGUACCUUUGGCCAUGAAACUGUUGUGUUCCUCCGUUACUGAAGAUAAUGCUCAGCUGAGUCAAUUUCUAGACAGCUUCAAGGAAUCUUUAGAAAGUAACAUUUUCGAGCUGUUGGACAAUCCAGAUUAUCCAAGCUAUCUACGAUUGAAGUUCCUAUUUGAAUCCUCUUUUCAGAGACUCUCUUUAUCUGAGAAAGAAGCGCUGGUAUCACUAAGUGUUCUUUCUGGAGAUUUUAACCACUCGGUUGCUGCAGCUGUCAUGGGUGUAAAAACUGCUCUGGAGGCCAGGAAAAUCUUGCUUAGGCUUCGAAGAAAAUCCUUCCUCGACUCUAGCUCCAAACCUGAGUCAUUUUCGAUGCAUAAGUUGGUUCUGUCGUUUGCAAGAGAAAGAGGUGAAGAUGAAAUGAAAGAAACCAUGCUGAACUCCAAAGCACGUUUGUUUGCAUUUUACGUCUCUCUUUUCAAGAAACUAAAUAAACGGGUUUUGACAGAACAAUCCAUGCAAGCAUUCGUUGAUUUCUAUGAAGAGAAGCAGAAUAUUAUUCAGAGUCUUAUGGAGAGCUGUUCCGAUCCUAAGACAUGCCAUGUUGCAUUUGGUGUCCUGACAGAAGCAGAAAUAUUUCUAGAUUCCCUUUUCUGGUGCGAGGGGAAAAUCAUCCACAAAAUUUACGAUCACACAACUAAAGAAGCUCAGAUGUUUGGAAAGAGGGUGUCCUACAGUCAACUAAUGGUGUCCUCAGCAUUCUUCGAAGUGACUGGGGGGAUACAUGGAAGAUCGAUGACGCUUCUCUCUAAAGCCGAAGGCCUUUCUUUGUCGGUAGGUGAUAAAGGAAAACUCUUGUGUUAUAGAGGCAUCUGUCAACUGGGUUUAGGGUUAAUAGACAACGGAGCUCAAAACUUACAAAACGCUCUUUGCUUGAUGAAUGACAGCCCCGAGCAGCGAAUUCUUAGAGUAACUGCACUGCAAAUUCUUGUUACUUACUUUCUUUUCAAGAAAAAGAAUGCAACUUCACUAGAGCUUUACACCAAAGCCUUACAUUAG